AACUAGUCAGUGCGACAGUUGUGAUCAGCUAGUGGGUACGUGUGAAGUGUUUCUGUGCUUUCCAUAUUAAUGACAUGAUUUUUAGUGAUUGGAAUAGUUUUUGGUCAUUUUAUUAAAAUAUAUGGUUUUAUGAACAUUUCUUGGAUAAUAUGGACAACGUAUCAGUAUCAAAGGGUGUCUUUGUACACAAAGGUGCUUAUAAGAUCGGGAAUAAACAAACAAAAUUUGAACCACCAGAUUAUUUAAAUGCAUCAUGGUAUCUUACUUAUAAAGAAACAUGGGAAAGCAUUCAAAAUGCUAUAGAGGCUAUAAGGUCCAAUAUGUUUCAACAAGCUUUAGAUGACUUACAAUCUUUUGUUUCCAAGGUUAAAGAUAAACCAAUAGAGGAAUUUCAGAAUGAGAUACAGACAGCUAUUCUAUUAACUGGAAUUAAUGUUUCUGAUCACAAGGUAAUGUUUCAAAGAGUAGUUUCUAAGCUAAAACCAAUAACAAAUCAUAUCGCUGUUAUAUGGGGUAGAGACUCGAAUAAUAUAAAGAAUCUCACAGAAGAAUCAAUUUAUCAGUUGAUGAAUAAUGAAAAGGAUGAUGAAGAUAUACAAAUUAAGAAAACUCACUGUCAUAUGAGGAAUCUAAAAUUAUGGCACCAAGAAAAUUGUGAUCGAAAUGAUCCUCUGGUUAUAAUGAUAACUGAUUUUGAAAGUUCUUCUCCUGCAGUACUGCAUGAUUUUAUUUUAAUACUGAGUUCAUAUGUCAAUUCAAUGAAAUUUAUUCUUAUUUUUGGUGUUGCAACUACUUUACAUGCCAUCCAUAGAUCUUUAACAUAUGAUGUUACAUCAAAAUUGAAUGUUCAAGUAUUCCAUAUGCAAAAACAAAUUAAUAUUUUGUCAGACGUGUUAGAAAAGACUGUUUUUUGUACAAAUAUCCCAUUUAAAUUGACUGGACGCGCGUUUCAAUUUUUAACGGAUAUCUUUUUGUUUUAUGAUUUUUCGGUAGAGAAUUUUUUACACAGUUACAAGAUAUGUAUGAUACAACAUUUUUACGCAAACAAUAUAAAUUCUCUUUGUUGUCAACCGCAAAAGAUAAAAAGCAGGAUUUCUUCUUUAACAGAUGAGGAUUGGGAGGAAAUUAAAAAAUUGCCUUCUAUAGAAAAAUAUAUUAGACAACUUACGAAUGAUAAAAACAAAGAUGAAUUGCUUAAUAAUAACAGGUUUAAGGAAAUGCUAAUGCAGCUCUUAAAUAAUUUCCACCAAUAUAUGCACCGAUUUUUGUUAGUACUCAAGUGCCUGCAUGAUCUCAUGUCGACAUUACCAAAUGCACCAAUGGGUAAACAGCUACGUGAAUAUUACACAAAAGCAGUUUAUAUGAGUGAUUUGAGAGAAUCUCAAGAGUACAAAGAAUGCCUGCAAUUGCUAAGUUUUUUAUCCAAGAAGGAAUUUCUUGAAAAAUUGAACUCUUUUACAACAAUUAUGGAAAGUUCGAAGGACUCAAUUAUGAAGAAAGUUAAAGUAGAUCUACAGGACCGUAUAAAAACAAUCGAGGAAGCUAGUUUAGAAGUAGCUUCGAAACCUGUCGAUAUCGUUUCUACCGGUGAAAAACUCAGUCGACUUCAAUUGAAAGAGAAAUUAUUGAAAAUGUCCCAAACACAAUCUCGAUCGCCCUAUAAGAUAGCUCAACAGGAUUUGAUCGAUUAUUUAGAUCAAAAAGUGUUUUCUGUAUACCUUAUCAAUCCUCAUUACGUACCUGGGAACGAGAUAUUUUGCUUCAAUGAUGGCAAUUUAGCGAAACAACAUGUUCGUGGAUCUUUGAGAGCAGCGAUACACACAGGAUUGAACGAUCCACAUGUGUACUUAAAUUGCGAGUGCUGCAAAUUGGAGAACGACGACGCCAUCCCAUCCACGCUGCCUGACCUCAGUAUAAUUUACAAGUUGCACUUAGAAUCCAGGAAGCUGAUCAAUAUGUACGACUGGUUACAGGCAUUUUUAAUUAUCGUGGAUCCAGUGGGCGGUACAAAGGAACAACGGGACGUGGACCCAAAAUUACAAGCUCGUUUUACUCAAGCAGUCGCCGAAUUGGAGUUCCUUGGUUUCAUCAAGAGUUCACGACAGAAAACGGACCACGUUAAGCGACUCACAUAAUUAUUUCAUUUAUUUCUUAGUCGAUUUUCUUAUGUUUUUGUUUUUUUUUUAUUUAUAAAUUUCACUUAUUGCUUG